AUGUCAAUUGAUCCUGGUUCGGCUCSACCCCCCYCAGAAGGGGGKCUGCCCUCUCCUGCCGGUGAAAUGGGCAAUGUCAAUGGUCUGUCGACACCACAGUUAGUUGUUGGUGGCAGUGGCUCSUCUGGCACUGGAACCCCAAUUGGCUUUCAGCGGUUCCCUCACAAUAAACACCUCGACCAUGUCAUCAGAACACCGGGUCGUCAGCCCUCACCACAACCAGUGCAUUUGGGAUUGCCUGGUCACCACAGAGUCUUGUCAGAAGAAGGAUCUGGAUACAUCUCUGCCAAGUUCGAAGGAAAACAAGAGCAGAUGGAGCAGGUUAUGGAUCGCUUGGAAGAGAAAGGGUUUUUCCCCAGCGAUUUCGUUGUAACCGAAACAACCUGGUUCUACAACAUGCUCGGAAUCGACGACAUGUACUUCCAGACCGAGUCUGUCGAGUCAAUAGUCACCCAGAUCCUCUCUCUAUAUGCAGCCAAAGUAGCAGCCUAUGCUCGGGAUGAUAAGCGCCUGGAGAUUCGCCUGGACAAGGAAGACGAAGACCAUGCUGUCUACAUCGACACCAGCAAGCCUGGUGUGACGUCAUUAGAUGGUCCUAACUACGAGUCACGCAUAGAUUCCAAAUACAUCGACGGCUCCAAACCAGGGAGGAGUUACCGAAUUGAGAGUUUCCGCUCAACCAGCCCCUUACCAGGAGAGGAUGCGCAGCAAUUGCGUUGUUACUUUGUCUACAGAUGCCAGUUCGCCAACCCCAACCCAGGCCCUGACGAAACUAACAUUGAAAUCAUCGGUGAAAAGCGAUUCCUCCAAAAAGCUACUGCCAACACCAAGGCCAUCUACCAAGAGAUAAUCACCAAUGCGGUGUCACGAACAGGUCCCGUUAUCGAAGUCUUCGACAUUGAAGGUAGCCGGGAGAAGCGUCUGGUAGUAGCCUAUCGCCAGGGAUCCGCUAUGGGCAUCUUCAGCGCUCUGUCUGAUCUCUACCACUACUACCGACUCACCAGCUCGAGAAAAUAUCUCGAGAGCUUCUCUAAUGGAAUCAACGUCAUCUCGCUCUACUUGAGACCCAUCACUAACGCGGAGAUCUCACAAAAGUAUCCCCCCAUCGAAGCUGCCAUUCACCAAAUUGUGAAGGAAGUCUCUCUUCUGUACUGUGUACCACAAAACCGUUUUCAGAAUCACUUUGCCACCGGUCGACUCAGUUUGCAAGAGACCAUCUACUCUCAUUGUGCCUGGGUGUUUAUCCAACAGUUCUUGAACCGACUUGGGUCUGAGUACACUUCGUUGACUGCGCUUUUAGACUCGAACAACAGUGUACAUGCAGAGAUUCUAUCCAAGAUUAAGAAGCGCCUCCGUACCGAGACGUUCACAUCGGAUUAUAUCUUUGAAAUCAUCAACAAGUAUCCCGAUCUCAUCCACAAGCUCUACCUUGAUUUUGCCAGCACACAUUACGUGCAGACCGGAGAUCCACAAGAUGACUUCCUCCCCACUCUCAGUUACUUGCGUCUGCAAGUGGAUGAGAUCCUGGAUGAUGCCAAACUCAAAGAACUGAUCAGUCGUACUGCGGCCAACGAGCACGACGAAAUGGUCUUGACCGCUUUCCGGACCUUCAAUAGGGCCAUCUUGAAGACCAACUUCUACACUCCAACCAAGGUUGCAUUGAGCUUCCGCUUGCAUCCUGAUUUCUUGCCAGAGCAUGAAUACCCUCAACGUCUAUACGGAAUGUUCCUUGUGAUUAGUUCCGAAUUCAGAGGUUUCCAUCUUCGCUUCCGUGACAUUGCUCGUGGCGGUAUCCGUAUCGUUAAGAGUCGAAACAACGAGGCUUACAGCAUCAAUGCUCGUUCUUUGUUUGACGAAAACUACAACCUUGCUAAUACGCAACAGCGCAAGAACAAGGAUAUUCCCGAAGGUGGUGCCAAGGGUGUCAUUCUACUUGAUGUCGACCAUCAAGACAAAGCGCGUGUGGCGUUUGAGAAGUAUAUCGACAGUAUUCUCGAUCUGCUCAUCCCACCCACGAGUCCCGGUAUUAAAGAUCCUAUCGUCGAUCUUCACGGAAAGGAUGAAAUACUUUUCAUGGGUCCUGACGAAAAUACAGCAGAUUUAGUCGACUGGGCCACAGAACACGCCAGGAAACGAGGCGCGCCAUGGUGGAAGUCAUUUUUUACAGGAAAGAGCCCUAGAUUAGGCGGCAUUCCUCAUGAUGCCUAUGGUAUGACGACCCUGUCUGUGCGUCAAUACGUUCUCGGUAUCUACCGCAAGUUGAACAUCGAUCCUUCCACAGUCAAAAAAUUACAGACUGGUGGUCCCGAUGGCGAUUUGGGAUCCAACGAAAUCUUGCUCGGUAACGAGAAUUACACCGCAAUUGUGGAUGGAUCCGGUGUGCUUGUUGAUCCCAACGGAUUGGAUCGCGAUGAGCUCGUGAAGCUCGCGAAGAAGCGAGUCAUGAUCUCACAAUUCGAUCUAUCGAAGCUGUCUUCUGAAGGUUACCGCGUUCUUGUGGAAGAUUCAAAUGUGAAACUUCCUUCAGGCGAAGUCGUCAACAAUGGCAUGCUUUUCCGAAACACAUUCCACCUCCGAAAAGAUCCACCCGUGGAAUUGUUUGUUCCCUGUGGAGGACGACCGGAGUCGAUCGACUUGAGCACUGUGAACAAGCUGAUCGUAAACGGCAAAUCUGUGAUUCCGUACAUUGUCGAAGGUGCCAAUCUAUUCAUCACGCAAGACGCGAAGCUUCGACUGGAAAAAGCAGGCUGCAUUCUUUACAAAGAUGCAUCAGCUAACAAAGGUGGUGUGACGUCCUCGUCACUCGAGGUUUUGGCCUCACUGUCAUUGGAUGACAAGGAAUUCGUUCAAAAUAUGUGUGUUGCCGAAGACGGAACCGUACCCGCCUUUUACCAGCAAUACGUGAAAGAGGUGCAGGAAGUUAUCAAACGAAACGCCACCUUGGAAUUCGAGGCCAUCUGGCGUGAACACGAACGUACUGGACUGUUACGUAGCGUGCUCAGUGACAGGUUGAGUUUGGCCAUCACAAACCUCGACGAGGAGUUGCAAAAGACGGCCUUGUGGGAGAAUAUCGAAUUGCGCCGCAAGGUGUUGGAAGAUGCUCUUCCGCGACUACUUUUGGAGAAGGUUGGGCUAGAUACGAUUUUGACUCGGGUGCCGGAAAACUACCUCCGAUCAAUCUUUGGCAGUUACCUUGCCAGUCGCUUCGUGUACGAAUAUGGCAGCAAUCCAAGCCAGUUCGCCUUCUUUGAUUUGUGA